AAAGAAUCCUAAUUAUGUGUUUGGAAAGUCAAAUACCGUUUUCAGUUAUCAUUUUAGUUAUUCAGAAAAAGAAAUGUUAGUAUAUUGUAAAUAUAUGCCUUCAUCAAAUGUCAGCAAACUUUCUACACUUUCAUUUUGUGAUGACAUUUAUAUCGAUAUCAACUGUGUACGUGUUGAAUUUGAAUUUGAAAACCCAUAUCGAUAUCAUAAUAAUUAUGGACAGAUCGUACAAAAAUGGUCAAAAAAGAAAUUGAAACAAAAACAAAACAUCUUUACUGGCAAUAAAUGGAAAUUACCUGAAGAUGAAAAUUUUAUAUUUGCAAGCCUUCUUGAUUUAAAUUAUGCAACAAACUAUAAACCUUCAUUUAUAAAUAUAAAUCCAAAAUAUCCUAUUAUUAAGUCAUUAGAAGAUGGCCCUAAAUAUUUUGUUGAUUAUGUUAUAAUGUCUAAUAUU